AUGUCGAUGAAGGAGACCGCCCUCGGCGUGGCCACGGCCGCGCCCCCCACCGUCGAUGACCCCAUGGGUCUCGAUGCCGACAAGCUCGAGAGCAACCGCCCCUACGCCGGCGACGGCAACGUCCCCAAGGAUUUCCGUGAGCAGGACUUCAUGACCCGUAACGGUCUCAACCUCCGCUCCUUCACUCGCCGUGACUUCGGUACCGGCGACGUCGAGCUCGAUCGCUCCAUGAAGACCCGCCACUUGCACAUGAUUGCCAUCGGUGGUUCCAUCGGUGCUGGUUUCUUCGUCGGCUCCGGUAGCGCCUUUGUCAAGGGUGGUCCCGGUUCUGUCCUCAUCUGCUUCUCCAUCGCUGGUGUCAUGAUCUUCAACGUCAUCCACGCCCUUGGCGAGCUCGCUGUUAUGUACCCUGUCUCUGGUGGUUUCUACACUCUGUCUACCCGCUUCAUCGACCCUUCUUGGGGUUUCGCCAUGGGCUGGAACUACGUCUUCCAAUGGUUGAUCGUCCUGCCCCUCGAACUCACUGUCUGCUCUUUCACCGUCAAGUACUGGAACAAGGAGAUAAGCGACGCUGUCUGGAUUACUCUUUUCUGGGUUGUCAUCAUCAUCGUCAACAUCUUUGGCACUCUGGGUUACGCCGAGGAGGAGUUUUGGAGCUCUUGCUUCAAGCUCGCCGCCAUUAUCAUCUUCAUGAUCGUCGCUGUCGUUCUCAUCUGCGGUGGUGGCCCUAAGGGCUACAAGUUUGACGAGUACCACGGCGACAUCUACUGGCGCGACCCUGGUGCGUUCCAGAACGGCUUCAAGGGCUUCUGCUCCGUUUUCGUCACUGCCGCCUUCUCCUACGCUGGCUCCGAGCUUGUCGGUCUCGCCGCCGCCGAGUCGGAGAACCCCGCCCGAGCUCUUCCUGGUGCCGUCAAGCAGGUCUUCUGGCGUAUUACCCUCUUCUACAUCGUUGGUCUCACUCUCGUCGGUCUCCUCGUCUCGUCGCGCGACGAGCGUCUUCUCAACGCCAAGAACCCCUACGCUGAGGGCACUUCUCCCUUCGUCCUGGCCGCCAAGGAUGCCGGCCUUAAGGGUUACGACACGUUCAUGAACCUUGUUAUCUGCAUCUCUGUCGUCUCGAUUGGUGUUUCUUGCGUCUAUGGCGGCUCGCGUACCCUGUCCGCGCUCGCUCACACCGGUUACGCCCCCAAGUUCUUCACCUACGUUGACAAGUCUGGCCGUCCCCUCAUGUCUGUUCUCUUCCUCCUCGCCUGGGGUGGCCUUGCCUAUAUUGUCCUCGGCGCCCACGGGUCCGUCGUCUUCGACUGGCUCCUUGCUCUUUCCGCCCUGGCCGCUCUCUUCACCUGGGGCUCCAUCUGCCUGUGCCACAUCCGCUUCCGAACUGCCUGGAAGAGGCAGGGUCGCUCGCUCGACCAGAUCCCCUUCCACGCCGCUGGUGGUGUCUACGGUUCAUACUUGGGUCUCACUCUCUGCGCUGUCAUCCUGGUUGCCCAGAUCUUCGUUGCCAUUAUGCCCUACGGCCAGUCCGGCCCCGGUACUGCUGAGGACUUCUUCAUGUCGUGCCUUGCCAUUCCCGUCGUUCUCGUCUUCUGGGCCUGUGGUUACUUCUGGAAGCGCACUGGUUGGCUCACCAUUGACCAGAUCGACCUCGAUGCUGGUCUCCGUGAGCACAACUGGGAGGAGAUCAACGCCCACCGUGCCCGCGUCGCCGCCAUGCCUGCUUGGCGCCGCGCUCUCACUCGCGUCUUCUAA